UCUGCAGGCCUGUACUGUCCUCCGGGAGCUGCAUUUUGCUGAAUAGCCACUUGGUUACACUGGAAACAGCAGCACCACCACCAGCUCCAGCAGGCAUGGAAGCAGCAGCGGUGGAAGCCCCAGAGGGAGCAGCAGCUGCAGCAGCAGCGGUGGAAGCCCCAGAGGGAGCAGCAGCUGCAGCAGCAGCAGUGGAAGCCCCAGAGGGAGCAGCAGCUGCAGCAGCAGCAGUGGAAGCCCCAGAGGGAGCAGCAGCUGCAGCAGCAGCGGUGGGAGCCCCAGAGGGAGCAGCUGCAGCAGCAGCAGCGGUGGAAGCCCCAGAGGGAGCAGCAGCUGCAGCAGCAGCGGUGGGAGCCCCAGAGGGAGCAGCAGCUGCAGCAGCAGCGGUGGAAGCACCAGAGGGAGCAGCAGCAGCGGUGGAAGCACCAGAGGGAGCAGCAGCAGCGGUGGGAGCCCCAGAGAGAGCAGCAGCUGCAGCAGCAGCGGUGGGAGCCCCAGAGGGAGCAGCAGCUGCAGCAGCAGCGGUGGAAGCCCCAGAGGGAGCAGCAGCUGCAGCAGCAGCGGUGGGAGCCCCAGAGGGAGCAGCAGCUGCAGCAGCAGUGGUGGGAGCCCCAGAGGGAGCAGCAGCUGCAGCAGCAGUGAAAACACAAGUAGAUCUGAAGUCAGUAGCCAAAGCAGCAGAGAGGGUGGCAAAAGCAGAAGUAGCCAAGGUGCUGCAGUCAGCAGCAGCAGAGCUAAAACACAGAAGGAGGAGUGCAAGAUUAAAGCUGAGGAACCCCACGCAGAGAGAAGAGGAGAAAGAGCUGAAUGAAGGCGACGUGAAAUGAAGUAAACUGCAGUUCGUGUAAUACCAUCGGAAAGAGAACACUGUCUACAAGCAAUAUCCAAUCCAAUUGCUGUUUGAAUGUGGUAGGACACGAAUCACAUCCUUACAGAAAGAGCAUGGGUCCUCGUUGAAAAAGUUAAAAUAAUAAAAAUGCACUGUUUUUCCAGUGUAGUAAUUUUAUUAAGUGUUUGGAAGGCUUGUCUGUCCUGCAGGGCGAAAAACCUGGACCCCCAAACACUGUUU